AUGUCUUUCUUCAAGAACUCCCGAGUGUAUAUGCUCAGUGCUGUGGCGUACACAGGCUCUUUUCUCUUCGGUUAUGAUACCGGAGUAAUGGGCAGCGUGCUCGCCCUCGAUAGCUUCAAAGACGACUUCCACUUGCCGACGGGCAGCACCGGGUUUGCCAGCAGCAGAGAAGCCGAGGUCUCCUCAAACGUCGUCGCCCUCCUGACAGCAGGCUGUUUCUUUGGCGCCAUCGCAGCUGCCUUCGCCAACGACCGGUAUGGCCGCAAGAACUCGCUUCUAGUCUUAUCCGUCAUUUUCAUGAUUGGAGCUGCCGUGCAGACCGGAGGGAAAUCGACGAUAUCUUUCAUCUACGGCGGUCGUGUUAUUGCUGGUUUUGGAAUCGGAGGCAUGUCGGCCAUCACGCCCAUCUAUGUCUCGGAGAACUGCCCUCCCGAUGUACGAGGUCGUAUUGCCGGGUUGUUCCAAGAGUUCCUGGUCAUCGGUGUCACGGUCUCAUACUGGCUCUGCUAUGGUGUUGAGAAGAACAUCGCACCAACGACCAAACAGUGGCGGAUCCCAAUCGGUUUCCAGCUUGUCCCGUCCGGGUUGAUGUUCAUUGGCCUGUGGUUUCUCAAGGAGUCACCCCGCUGGCUGAUGAAGCAGGGUCGCUAUGAGGAAGCUACUGUCUCACUUGCCUUUACACGGCACGCUGAGCCUGACAGCGACGAGGUGCAACAGGAACUGGCUGAGAUCAAGGCAUCUAUCGAAGAGGAGCUCCGCUCGACCGAAGGUGUCACCUGGCGCGAGGUCCUGCUGCCCGGUAACAGGCUGCGCUUCCUCAAUGCGUUCUUGAUCAUGUUCUGGCAACAGUUCUCUGGUACCAACAGUAUUGGAUACUAUGCGCCGCAGCUGUUCCAGACCAUCGGCGUUGCUUCCACCGAUACCAGUCUGUUCACAACUGGCAUCUAUGGCGUCGUCAAAGUCGUUGCCACUGGCCUCUUCCUCCUCAUCGGAAUUGACAGGUUCGGCCGAAAGUGGUCUCUUGUUGCUGGAGGAGUGGCCAUGGCCGUCUUCAUGUUCAUCCUGGGUGCCGUCCUGGUCUCAUAUCCUCCUGUCGAUACAAGUACGAUCAGCUCAGCAAGUAUCGCGAUGAUUGUGAUGAUUUACCUUUAUGUUAUCAGCUAUUCCGCCUCCUGGGGUCCUAUUCCCUGGGUGUACAUAUCGGAGAUCUUCCCGACGCGUCUGCGAGCCUACGGUGUCGGUAUGGGCUCUGCCACGCAGUGGCUUUUCAACUUCGUCGUGACGAAGUUCACUCCCUCUGCUAUCAGCAACAUCGGCUGGCGCACGUUCAUCAUGUUCGGUGUCUUCUGCUUUGCCAUGGGCACGUGGGUGCUUUUCUUCGUCAAGGAGACCAAGGGUAAGAGACUUGAAGAUAUGGAUGACAUCUUUGGUGGAAACACCGUCCAGCCGGCGCAGAAAGAUGUCGAGCAGGCAGAUGUUGGUGAGCAGGGUGAGGUGGACAAAACCCAGACCAGGCAUGAAGAGCAGGUGUCAACGUCUUUCAUGGCCGCCAAACAGGAUGUCGCUGCUCGCGAAGAGGCUCCGGCUCCUCGAUCUCCAGAGACCAGGGCCAAGGUUAUCGAAAGGUAUUUCUGCAGCGAGCAUAAGAAAAAAACAGUAGCAUGGCGGUGGGAUUUCUUGAUGGGGACCAGGUCUAGGAUCUCCUGGUUGAAUUGCAAAAGACUAGGAGACGUUCGCACCCCAGAGGAAACUCCCAGUAGUCCGCAGCCCGAAUAG